CCACAGAUCAAAGUGGAGACCCCGCAGGACUUCCAGGAUAUCACCAGUGUUGUGGCUCUGGCAGGGACCUACGCCACCACCGAGCCCUUCGUCCAGUCCAAGUACGACAUCCGCAUCCAGAAGAUCGGAAACAACUACAAGGCCUACAUGAGAACGUCCAUCUCUGGUAACUGGAAGGCGAACACAGGCUCUGCCAUGCUGGAACAGAUCGCCAUGACGGACAGAUACCGGCUGUGGGUGGACUCCUGCUCCGAGAUGUUCGGAGGUCUAGACAUCUGCGCAGUGAAGGCCGUCCACGGGAAGGACGGCAACGACUAUAUCAUCGAGGUCAUGGACAGCUCCAUGCCUCUGAUUGGUGAGCACGUGGAGGAGGACAGACAGCUGAUCACAGAGCUGGUCCUCAACAAGAUGGCCGAGUUGCUGCUGGGGGUCUCCACUCCUCAGCCCUCUGCUGUCAAGACCACUCAGCCCAGACGAGGGGGACAACGAUCUGCUUCCGCUUCUCCAUCUCAGUCGGCCCAGGGCUCCCCUCAGAGAGCCCGCUCAGCCUCCACCUCCCCCAGCCAGGCCUUCCAGCCCGGGCCCAUCCCUGCCGCCUCCGGGCCCGGAGCUCAGAAACAGUCCCCCCAGCUGAACAAAUCCCAGUCGCUGACCAACACCUUCACAGAGACGUUACGAGGAAGCCUGACCGACGACGAGGCCAAGGCCGAGACCAUCCGCAGCCUGCGACAGUCCUUCGCCAGCCUCUUCUCCGACUGAAACCCCCCUAGAAGCUUCCUCUUUCUGUCUGUGGUCAGGUUUGGGAAACAAGCCCGACUGGUUCAUCUCUAAUGGAGUGUCCCUGCUCCACAUAGCUCAGCUUCCUUCUCUCUCCUUCUCAAUAUUGUGACGUUUAACACCUGGUGCAACCCGCUAUCCUCAGAUCAGUCAUUCAUCUAUCACUAGAAAGGCCAACAGGUACUGGGGGGGACCACAAAGGCUAAGAAUCCACAUCCACCACAGUGCGGAAUCAAACUCAUGAUUAUUAUGUCUGUUUUAUCUCUGCUGUAAUGCCAGUUAUGAACGUAUACAGAAAUAGAUCAAUAUAAACAUCAGUCCAGUCCUCCUUAUACCCAUAAUCCUUUCUGUUUUCAUAGAACAGCACUGAUGUGAAUGCCUCCUAGGGUUAGGACAGCAGUCAGCUGAUGGCUUGUCCUUUCUAGUGGUAAAUAAUCAUAAUCUAGCUCAUAAUGCUUGGUAUUUAUAGUCGUUAUUCUACAUUCUGUUUGUCCAACCAGUGAAACUGUUCUUUAUUGCGUCAUGUUUUAUCGGUUUGAAUAUGUAUUUAUGAAAUGAAAUGAGUUCUAACUACUUUAAUUGACUCACAGCUUCCACACUGUUUGCGGAUGUAUACGGCAAUAUUCUUAUCUGAAGCUGUUCCGGUUAACUCAUGAAAAACUGAAUCCUCACGGUUCACCAGCGUUUUUGAGCAUCUUGCAAGCAGCUACAUUUCAGAAAUCCACGUGCUGUAGACACACAUUGGCUUAUGUUGUGACUCCACAUUACCAAAGUGCUGUUUAAAAAAAAGAAAGAAAAUCCCCCAUGCACUGGGUCCAGAAAACAGUCCCACAGCGCAGCAUCCUUUGAGCUUGUGAUUCCACGAGGUGCAAAACGCUGACCUGCCUUCCAGCCGCCGUCUUCCACCACAGCGCAGACCCCCACCCCAGCUGCUCCUCUUUCUCCAAAUGCUUUGUGUAAUGUUUUGUGCUUUGUGAAUAGCAACGUGGUGUAUUUUCUGCAGGGGAUUUGGAACAUAACUACUGCUGUGUGUUUAAUGGCGAACUGUGAGGAGGUGAUAUUUUGAGACUUUUAAUGUGCUUACAUUUCCACUGAGACGGAAAAUGUUUUAGUUGUGUAACAUUCCAUCUUAUAUCUACAUUAGCCUUUAUUCUCUACAUUCGAUAAUAAUUUAUCAUAAUUUUUGCGUUUUUUGUCAAAUGGUGUGUAUGCAUCCAAAGCAGACAUCUUCCUCCACCCAGUGUCGCAUCAGCAUGUAAAUGUUCUGUGAAUGUCAUACUGUAUGUAGAAUCUAAUUCAUGUUUUCAGAAACCAACACAAGAUAAUGAUCUCAAGUACUCUAUAAAGACAGCAACAGCAUGGAAACACUUGAUGUUAUCUGUGAUCAUGCAAACCCUACUGUAAUUUAGUGCAAAUUAUAGCAAAAUACUAUGUAUUUAUAUGGCGUAGGUAUCCAAAACAGGAAAUUGACCAUCUAAAGUAUAAGCAGUUUUUAAUUGCAGUGUACUUUAACUGCUUUAAAGAUGGGAUGUGCAAACAAUAUAGUGUAGACUUGAUAGAAAAGGUUUCACCAUUUUGAUUUAGAUAAAAAAUAGUACUAUAGUACCAUCUAUACAAUAUCAAUAUCCCUCAUAAUUAGCACUAAAUCAUGUAUUUGACAAGGUAUGUGAACUUUUUUCUUCUUCAAGGAUGUCAUUAGAAAGCCAACGUAAAAAGAAGUACUUCCUUGUUACAUCCAAGGUGUAACAGUUUGAUGUUUACAGGAGACUGGCGGUAUAUUUGGCUUUCCAUGCAGAGAACAAUCACAAUCUGAUAAUGUUUCAAUUAUUCUGCAUGAUCUGUGCUACAGACAUAUAAGAUAUGUUUCCCUGAACAAUCUAUAUUGCCUUAUAUUUUUUGUCUAAAUAUCCCAAACACAAAUAAUACCUGUGAGCAGUGCCCAGCAGUUUAAAUUGGGUUUUUGUUGAUCAUUUCAAAGGAUCAAUAUGAUAACAGUAAUUCAAAUGAAAUAAUGAUAAUAGUACGUAUGACAUCAAUUCCCUUUGGUUUAGGGUACAUUUUAUUGAAAUGCAUGAAGCUGUUAAAAAUAUGUAUAGUGAUGUGUGUGUGUGUGUCUGUGUGUGUGUGUGUGUGUGUGUGUGUGUGUGUGUGUGUGUGGGUGUGGGUGUGUGUGUAUGUGUGGGAGUAUGUGUGUUUGUGUGUGUGUAAGUGUGUUAAAUUCAAGAAGUAAAUUGGCCAUAAUGAUGAAUUGAAUACUACCACAAAAUGAAACUGCCCAUUAUUGCAAUAAUUUAGCUCAUAAUAUGUUUUCUGCAGUUUUGAUUUCAAGCUAUGAAGUGUCACACUAAAGAAAAGCUGUUCUGUUUCCAAGCUUUUAUUUGCUGUUUUGUCAGUCUCACUCACAUUGAGCUUAAGGGGCAUUUGAGUGUUAGCUUAACAAAACACACACUACAGUGAUUCUUAGCAACAACUGACAAAGUAAUGAUAGGGACUGUAGUUUCACUCCUACAACAGGUUGCUUUGGAGGGAAAAUAAUCUAGUGGAGGGAGCCACAGAAUCACAGUUUUUGACCAGGUGACUGACCAUCUGCUAAGCCCCACCCUCUUAGAAACCGUUGCUACCUGUCAGCUCCUGCCUUGUAUAUAUGCUGUUUACAAUGAUAAAAUUAAAAAUUGUACACCAUUUAUAUUUAUUUAUGUAUUAUGUAUGUAUUCAGUAAGCCUAAGCUUUUCAAUGAAAUUACAUCUCAUGGCUGAAUAAGCUAGCUUUAGCUCGAUUAGCUCAGAAUGCCGUCUCGAUCACCACUGUCAUUAAACCAUUUUAGCGGACAAAUUUCCCUAUAAUCUACCCACUUGCGACAAUUCAAGGACUCACUGAAUAUUAACGUAUUAAAGCAUACAGAGUUAACGUUGCUAAACUAAGAUUUGCAAACGCUGUUUAGCGGAGGGGCUUAGUAAAUGAUCGAUUAGCCUGCUCACCUUCCAAAAAACGGAAGUGUGAGCUAACCACACUGAAUCUGAUUCUGCUCGCUUCAUUGUGCUUGUGUCCUUUUAUUAUGACUUUUGCAAACGUUUCAUCACCUUUGGCAAUGUGUCAAAAUGGACCAAAUGAGCAUUUCAUUGUGAGACUAAUUGAAGGUUUAAAUUAUACUGUUAUUUUUAUUGUAAAGAUGCCUACAACUUAGUUUGUAAUACAGCAGUGUUAUAAGCCAUAACCUAACCACAAGGAUUUACUAUCCCUGCCACGCAAUAAUGGCUGUGAUGUAACUGAUAACUGAUGUGUUAACCUGAAUCACUGAGUCUCGUAACUCUGAGUCCAUUACGAGGCCUUCCUUGACCCGCAGAGGCAGUAACUGUCUGAUUUCAGAUUAAAAUCAAGAGAAAUCACACCACAUAGUUUAAAUGUGUGCUUCUAGAACUUCUGUCGGAUGAAAGAAAACUUUGAUGUCACUUUUCUGAGUUUUGUUGGGUUUAAAAAUGCAGUUCAGGAUCCAGUAAAUGCCAUACCCAUCUAUAGAGUGCCACAGUGACGCGUCCUAAAACCCGGAAGUAAGCUGCACAUGGGUUCCUUCGACAAAAAAGCAAU